CAUGCCCUCUUUUCCAAGUCAACUAACGUGUUUAUGCAGAUGAAGAGCAGAGGAAGCAAUGUGCAGGAAUUUCCAAUCAGAAGGCCUUCCCUUCAAGUUCAAAGCUGCUACAUUGUAAAGCAUCAAUGUAAAACGGAAAAUCUUCCCCUCUCAUUCGAAGCCUGGAAACCGCGUGUAAAGUCUCAGGAUGGUCAUGGGUCUAUACUGUGCUCAUGCGCGAGUGCUACUUCACAUUGGGUUGCACAUCUUGUUCACUGCCAUGUUAGGUGAGACCAUUAACUCAUCACAGUAUCAACUUUGCGAACCCCUGAAAUGUGGCGGGGGCAGAAGCCCAGAAAUAAGGUAUCCCUUUUACAUUCCUGGAAAAGAAAGAGGCUUAUGUGGUUACCCUGGAUUUGAGAUCAUCUGUCAAGGAACAAAAACUAUGUACGGUCACUACUCGGUUGAAAGAAUUUCCUAUGAAGAACAAUCUAUUCAAUUGGUGAAUGAGUACGUUAUGGAUGCUCCCUGCUUCACUCCUCGUCCCUCCACUUUCUAUCCCGUAAACCCGAUUUUAGGUCACAGUUACUCCUUUCAUCCAAGACUCCGGUUCUUCUAUAAUUGCACAGGCUCCUUUUCUUUUCGUUACCCCACAAUCCCAGUAAAUUGUACGUCUAACCCCAUAUAUAACUCCUUUGUUGCAUUAAUACAUCCAAAUGACCCCUACUAUCAAGAAGGUGGAGCCUGCCAGUCGUCUGUGGAGGUACCAGUAGAACUGAAGGAAGGGUUGUCGAACCAAACAAUAGGUGAUGUGGACUACAAGGAGUUGUUGAAGGAAGGGUUCAUCUUAAAAUGGGAUUUAUUACCCGAAAAGAAUUGUCAGACUUGUCGACAAAGUAAUGGCCGAUGUGGACUGUCAGACGAGGAACAUUUCUGCUGUUAUUGCCCUGAUGGAACUCGCCACCACAAGGACUGCAAUAGCAGCAACAGCGGAAAAAGACGCUUGUGGUUGAAGAUAGGACACGGUAUUGGAAUUGGAAGCUUGAUCAUUGGCCUUUUGUCCUAUGUGAUCUACUUGAAAAGGAAAAAUGCUUCUCAUAAGCUCCAUUUGAGAAACAACACUUCAUGUCCUUACUCGAAUUCGGACAUGGGAGAGAGAAGUGUCUAUUUUGAGGUCCCCAUUUUCACCAGUUCUGAGCUCGAAGAAGCCACAAAUAACUUCUCUGCUUCCAAUGAACUUGGGGAUGGCGGUUUUGGAACUGUUUACUAUGGAAAACUCCGAGACGGACGGGAAGUAGCAGUCAAGCGCCUAAACCAGCACAGCCACCUGAGGGUGAAGCAGUUCAUGAACGAAGUAGAGAUUCUCACCCGCUUACGCCACAAAAACCUCGUCUUGCUUUACGGUUGCACAUCCCGUCACAGCCAUGAACUUCUACUCGUCUAUGAGUAUGUCUCCAAUGGCACUGUGGCUGAUCAUAUCCACAGCAGAAAAGCAAAACUCUCUAUGUUGCCUUGGCAUGCCCGUAUGAGCAUCGCCAUAGAGACCGCCACCGCAUUGGCUCACCUCCAUGCUUCUGACAUUAUCCACCGCGAUGUAACAACUAAUAACAUCCUUCUCGACAGUAAUUUUAGUGUCAAAGUUGCAGAUUUCGGGCUUUCCAGGCUAUUCCCUAAUGAUGUCAGUCACAUCUCAACAUCUCCUCAAGGAACUCCAGGUUAUGUGGACCCUGAGUAUUAUCAAUGCUAUCAACUUACUGAGAAAAGCGAUGUUUAUAGCUUUGGAGUUGUUCUGAUUGAGCUUAUAUCGUCCAAGACAGCCGUGGAUGUAAGCAGAGCAAGGCAUGAGAUUAAUCUAGCCAAUCUGGCUGUCAACAAGAUUCAGAAAUGCGCAUUCAGUGAACUGAUCGACCCGACUCUAGGAUUUGAGUUAGAUGACGAAAUUUAUAGGAUGACAACUUCAGUGGCUGAGCUGACAUUCCGGUGCUUGCAACAGGACAAGGAGAUGAGGCCAUCAAUGGACGAGGUUUUGAAGGAACUGAAGGUAAUUGCAAGUGGCGAGAAAGCUGCAGACGAAUUUGUGGAUGUUGACGGUGAUGAAAACGUCCUAGCAUCUCCCCCGGAUUAUGACGAUGUCCAGCUAUUGAAGAAUAUGCAGCUGACACGUUCUCCUGUUUCUGUGACUCAAAGAUGGGAUAGCAUCAGCAGUCGUUCUGCUCCCAGCGUUCAAGUUUAAUUUGAAUUUUUAAUGAGCUGCCAGUA